AUGAUCCGUCGUAUUACCACUCUUUCUGCAUCUUCAAAAGGAGCAUCUUCCAAGACAGCAAUUCUCGUUCAAGCAGCGCAACAACGUUCCUUCCAUCAUGAAAAUGGUAGAAUGGAUUCAUCCUCUUCAUCAUCGGAAGCCUUGAAAAAGACCUCUCUCUAUGAUUUCCAUGCCGAACACGAGGCAACCUUUGUUCCAUUUGCUGGCUACAAAAUGCCUGUCAUGUAUCAAUUGAGUAAAUAUAAGGAUGCUCUCAAGAGAGAACAUUUACAAUGUAGAAAUUCUGCUGCCUUGUUUGAUGUCUCUCAUAUGGGUCAGGUCAAGGUGACUGGUGCCGAUGCUCAAGAAUUUCUUGAAAAGGUCACACCUGCCAACAUUAUUCAACUCAAAGUAGGUCAGGCACGUCUCACUCAAUUCACAAAUGAAAAUGGUGGAAUUUUGGACGAUUUGAUGAUCACCAAGAAGGGAGAGAGUGACGGAAAUUUUGAUUUUUAUGUUGUGAUUAAUGCUGCUUGUGUGGAUAGUGAUAUGGCACAUUUACAAAAUCAAUUGAAAAAUCUAAAAUGUGAUAGAACUGGAAAGAGUUUUUCAGGAUCAGACUUGCAAAUCAACUUGAUUUCAGGAAAGAGCUUGAUUGCUCUCCAGGGUCCAAAAGCCGUCGAAGCAUUAUUGCCAUUGCUGGCCAAUGAUGAAGCAAGAGAUAGAGUUAAAAACCUCAAAUUCAUGACAAGCUCUGACGAAGUUGUGGUUCUACCUGGUAGAAAGUCAUCAUUCUCUGUUCAAGUUUCAAGAUGUGGUUACACGGGUGAGGACGGUUUUGAAAUUUCUGUUCCCGAUGAAGCCGUUGUCGAUUUGUCAAGAGCCUUGUUGCAAGUAGGUGGAAGUGAACCUCUUGUUCGAUUGGCUGGUCUCGGCUGUAGAGAUACUUUGCGUCUUGAGGCUGGUUUAUGUCUUAUGGGUCACGAUAUGACACCCCAAAUCACCCCAAUUGAGGCCGCCUUAAAUUUCACAAUUGCUAAACGUCGUCGUGAGGAGGGUGGCUUUCCAGGUGCUCAUGUCAUUAAGAAACAACUCGAAUCAGGUGUAGAAAAAUUGAGAGUGGGUUUCUCGUAUGGCCAAGAGCUUGUUGGAACUGGCAAGACAGCAGUAAUUGCUCGUGAAGGAUAUAAAUUCAAGGACUUUAAAACUGGUGAAGAAAUCGGUUAUGUUACAAGUGGAACUUUGAGUCCAAUUUUGAAUCAUCCUAUUGGAAUGGGAUAUAUUAAGAGCGAAUAUGCAAAGGAAGGAACUGAAUUUGGAAUUCAAAUCAGAAAUAAUUUGCAGGUGGCAAAGAUCACCAAAAUGCCAUUUGUUCCAACUCGUUAUGCCAAGUAG